GCUAUUUUUGGCACAUAACAGAUUUCCACUACGACCCGCUCUACACGUCUCAAGGCGACACUAGAAGACAUUGUCGGAGAGCCGACGAGCGUGGAAGUUCAGGCCAUCACAGAGCCGUCGGCCGCUACGGGGACUAUUCGUGUGACAGCUCGCUCGACCUAAUCGAGUCAGCGGCGAGAUACAUGCGAACUCGACACUCUGAGAACGUCGAGUUUGUACUAUGGACCGGUGACAUCAUCGCAGCCAGGUACAACGCAAAUGAAGACGAUAGGUACCAGGCGAUCAGAAACAUGACAGAUCUUCUCAGUAGAACAUUUAGUUCCCACUUCGUGUUCCCAGUGUUGGGCCAUUUGGACCCAGCGCCAUCCGAGAGCCUCACCAAUCUUUGGAUGCAUUGGCUCCCUUUGGAAGCACUGCAGACUUUUAAAUAUGGUGGCUACUAUACAAUAGAACAGAAACAAAGUAAACUGCGCAUAGUCGCACUGAACACGAACUUAUUCAGCAUGCGGGAAUCGAACUCACCGCAGACGAGGAGCCAGUGGUUAUGGCUGAACACCACCCUGGAUAAAGCUACCGAGAAUAAGGAGAUGGUGUACAUCGUUGGGCACGCAGCGCCCGGUUCGGAUUCGCGCCACGGUUACGAUUCGGCGUCCAAUGCGAAUUACCUGCGAACGAUCCGAAGACAUGCGCGCAUCAUCGCCGGACAGUUCUUCGGACAUUUGCACGCCGACACAUUCCGCGUCAUUUAUGAUAAUGGUGAGUUUUUAAUAUGGCUUCUUCUUAUCCUUGUUUGUUGUAAUACUUGUGAUCAGAUUGACAUCGCUUAUUUAUGAUAA